CUCUCUCUCUCUCUCUCUGCUAAUUAAUUGCAUAAUAGUUGGUUGCUGCAACUCAGAAUGGCCAUGGCGGCGACGACUGCCUGUGCUGCCUAUUAUCAGGAUGUUGUUAGUUGGCAGCAGCGGUGGAGGAUGAACAUUACGCUACUCCGACCAUCCUCACUCUCCCUUUUUUACUUUCCCUCUUCUACUACUACUAAGAAACUGACCUGCCGCCGGUGCACCGACGCCAACUCCGGCGUCUUCUCCGUGACGCCGCCCAGCAAGGCCGACUUUGACUACCUCGGCCAGAGCACCAAAGGCGACCUCAACCUUAUUAACUUGGGAAUCGGAGAGACGGAGAGACGGCUGGACGGAAGAGGUCCAAUUGAGGAUGUGGCCAGAAUGGAAGCUCAAGAAGCCGAGCACUUGCUUAAUCACUUGGGCAUCCCGGAUCCGUUUUCUUCAAGAUACUCUCCUCGUGGAAUUUUCUGUACUCGAACCCUUAAUUUGCGCUCAAUUACUGCUAUUGGCUAUGACAUGGACUACACAUUGAUGCACUACAAUGUCGCGGCCUGGGAGGGAAGGGCUUAUGACUAUUGCAUGGACAAUUUGAAAACUAUGGGCUUUCCUGUUGAUGGACUUUCAUUUGACCCUGAACUGGUCAUUCGAGGCCUAGUCAUAGACAAAGAGAAAGGGAACUUAGUUAAGGCAGAUCGAUUUGGAUACGUCAAACGGGCUAUGCAUGGAACAACUAUGUUGUCUACUCAGACGUUGAGUGAGAUGUAUGGGAGAGAACUUGUGGAUCUGCGGAAGGAGAGCAGGUGGGAGUUCCUAAAUACACUAUUCUCCGUUUCAGAGGCUGUUGCUUAUAUGCAGCUGGUAGAUAGACUUGAUGAAGGAGCUAUAGCCGCAGAUCUUGGUCCACUUGAUUAUAAAGGGCUUUACAAGGCUGUUGGAAAAGCACUCUUCAGGGCACAUGUCGAAGGCCAGCUAAAGAGUGAGAUAAUGUCCAAGCCUGAACUCUUUGUAGAACCUGAUCCUGAGCUACCUUUGGCACUAUUGGAUCAGAAGGAGGCUGGCAAGAAGCUCUUGCUUAUUACCAACUCAGAUUACCAUUACACUGAAAAAAUGAUGCAGCAUUCUUUCAAUAGAUUUCUUCCGAAUGAUAUGAGCUGGCGAGAUCUGUUUGACAUAGUAAUAGUCUCUGCCAGAAAGCCGGAGUUUUUUCAAAUGGCACACCCAAUGUAUGAAGUGGUGACUGGUGAAGGCCUUAUGCGCCCAUGCUUUAAGGCUGAUUCAGGGGGUGUAUACUCUGGAGGAAGUGCUCAGAUGGUUGAAAAAUCACUUGGCAUUCAGGGAGAUGAAAUUCUGUACGUGGGUGACCAUAUUUAUACAGAUGUUAGCCAAUCUAAAGUUCAUCUCCGAUGGCGUACAGCGCUAAUUUGCCGAGAACUGGAAGAAGAGUAUAGUGCUUUAGUUCACAGUCGAGGUCAUCGUACGACGCUGAUAGAGCUUAUAAAUCAGAAGGAGCUUGUAGGAGACCUCUUUAACCAACUCCGGCUUGCUCUGCAGAGACGUAGUAAAGGGCGUCCUGCUCAGACUGUUGCUGCAACUCAUAUGGAUGACAAGGAACUUAACGAAAGCAUUCAGAAACUACUGAUAGUGAUGCAACGCUUAGACAAUAAAAUUGGUCCAAUGAUGGAAUCGGAUGGGGAGCUCUUUAACAAAAGGUGGGGGUUUCUUUCACGAGCAGGUCUGUGGGACAAAAGCCACUUAAUGAGGCAGAUUGAGAAGUACGCAGAUAUAUAUACGUCAAGGGUUUCAAAUUUCCUGCAUUAUACCCCAUUCAUGUAUUUCCGAGCCCAAGAACAGACUCUUGCACACGACUCGUACUCGUUCCACCACCCCAACCGCGGAGAUGCUGACAGUGAAGAUGAAGAAUAGUGAAUCUGCUGCAAGCAAUGGCCAUUAGUUACUUGCUUAGUCUAGUUAGUUUCCAGUGGUGUUACGCUGUUGUUUUUGUACAUUAGAUUUAGAUGUCAUGUGAUGAUGCAUGUAUGUAUAUAUAUGUAUCUACUACAUUCAUGCAUGUUUUCUACUUAUAUUUUAUUACCAGGAGGGCAAAUAAUAAUUGAUUGGGUAAAUUACACACA